AGAAUCUUCCUGUCGUAUUGUAGAAUUCGUUUUUUCACGCUUUCGUGUUAAAUAGAAUCGCAUCGCAGUUUUUAUUUUCGUAUCGUUGUCCGACGCUAUAGGACAGACCACCAUAAACGAUGACAACAGGAGGGAAGGACGAGUUUGUUUCUUACUCUCCUCUUCCCUCAAACCCUAACCCUAAUUUCGAUUCUUAUUCUUAUUCACACCCCUCUCAAAAUAACUCUUAUUCACACCCCCUUCCUCAAAACGUUGUCGUUGGCCUUCCCUCAUACUACCCCAUCCACCGUCACAACAACCGCCGCAACUGGAUCAUUUCGGCUACCGUACUCCUCUUCCUCGCCGCCGCAAUUUUCUUCCUCUACCCAUCCGACCCUGAGAUUCACCUCGCUCGAAUUCAGCUCAACCACAUCGCAAUUAAAGCAAACCCUAAACCUAUUCUCGACUUAUCAUUCUCCUUAAAACUCAAGAUUCGUAACAGAGAUUUCUUCUCUGUUGCUUACGAUAAGCUUGAUGUUAGCCUCGGGUAUCGUGGUCGGGAGAUUGGGACUGUUUCAUCGGUUGGUGGUGGGAAGAUUAGAGCUCGUGGGUCGGAUUAUGUAGAUGUUGUGCUGUCAAUUGAUGCAUUCGAAGUUAUUUACGAUGCUUUCUAUUUGAUUGAAGAUAUGGUUAAGGGUGUUAUUGUUUUUGACACUGUUUCUAAGGUUGAUGGGAAAUUAGGGUUUAUCCCUUUGAAGGCAACAGUGUCGUGUGAAGUUUAUGUGAAUAUAUACCAGCAGAUGGUUGUACGCCAAAACUGCUAUCCUGAGUCACUGGGAGAUAUGAUGGAUCGGAACGCUAAUGUCAGCGCUAUCGAGAUGGGAGAUACGAUGGAUCGGAAUGCUAAUAUCAGCGCUAUCGCGACUUGAUGAGUUAUAUUUUUUUUAGCAUCCUUUUGUUUACACAGUUGUCGUGGUUUGCUCAUUGCAUUAUACUUUUUGUGUGCUCAUGUGCUAUAUGAUUGUAUAUGCAUAUCACACACCAUUGUAAAUUCUGGUUGAACGGAGACAACAAGCAUCUUGUAUAUAACGAUUCUACGAAGUAAAAAAUUAAAAUUAAUGAAAGUCGUACUUUGGUGUCUGUUA